AUGAGUCAGCAACGCGUAUAUGGUGUCACAGGUCCGAUUUCAACUACUGGCCCUACCGCAGCGGAAAACCAGUUGAAUGAUGCACUGAUACAAGAACUCAAAAGAGAGAAAUCCUUUGAGUCUGAAGAGGAAACUAAGAAGCGAGUAGAGGUAUUGAGGAUUCUCCAGGAACUUACCGAGGCAUUCAUCUUCGAGGUGUCUAAAAAGCGCAACAUGUCUGAUGGCAUGGCCAAAGAUGCAGGCGGCAAAGUCUUCACAUAUGGUUCGUAUAGAUUGGGUGUUCAUGGACCCGGAAGUGAUAUUGAUGCUCUCGUCGUCAUGCCCAAACAUGUCACCCGGGAGGACUUUUUCACGGUAUUUGAUAAACUGUUGAGAACAAGACCGGAACUUGAAGAAAUCGUACCCGUUCCUGAUGCCUUCGUCCCCAUUAUUACAGUCGUUCUAAGCGGAAUUCCAAUUGAUUUAAACUGUGCCCAUUUGGAUAUUGCACAAGUACCUGCAAACCUCACCCUCUCAGAUAAAAACCUGCUCAGAAAUUUGGAUGAAAAGGACCUUAGAGCCCUGAACGGAACGAGAGUGACAGAUGAAAUUCUUCAGUUGGUUCCAAAACCAACUUCCUUCAAAAUUGCACUCCGUGCUAUCAAACUAUGGGCACAACGAAGAGCGGUUUAUGCUAACAUGUUCGGCUUUCCGGGUGGUGUGGCGUGGGCGAUGCUUGUUGCAAGAAUAUGUCAGCUGUACCCCAAUGCAUGUAGUGCUGUGAUAUUGGGUAGGUUUUUUCACAUUUUGACGAAAUGGAAUUGGCCGCAACCAGUCCUACUGAAGCCGAUCGAGGAUGGCCCUUUGCAAGUGCGCGUGUGGAACCCAAGAAUAUAUGCACAAGACAGAUCUCACAGAAUGCCUGUCAUCACACCUGCUUAUCCAUCUAUGUGCGCCACCCACAACAUUAGUGACUCUACCAAGAAAAUCAUUUUAGCGGAACUUGAAAGAGGCGCUGAGGUAACUAAUGACAUUUUCACGAAUAAGAAAACUUGGACGGACCUGUUCAAGAAGCAUGACUUCUUUUAUCGCUAUAAGUUCUAUCUUACUGUGAUGGUAUCCACCACAGGAUCAAGUGAACAACACUCGAAAUGGAGCGGCCUCGUUGAAAGUAAGUUACGUUUACUUGUUCAAAAGUUAGAAGUUCUUAGCGGAAUAAACUUGGCGCAUCCUUUUACCAAGCCAUUUGAGACAUCCUAUAUUUACGAUACUGAUGCUCAAUGCAAAGACAUUAUUGACAACUACGGCACGUACAAGACUCAAAACGUCUUAGAGCAAUACACCGAAGUUAAUGACGAAAACAAAGACAGUGAUGCCGUCAAAGGCAAAAAACAAGUGCAUAUCACGACCAUGUACAUUGGGCUGGACGUUUCCGCUGACGCGAAAAAGCAAGUUGACAUACACGUUCCAUGCUCUGAUUUCUUUAAUUUAUGUCGCUCAUUCAGUGAGUUUGACGACACCGACAUUUUCUCGCUGAUGAUAAAGUACGUCAAAUUACAUGACUUGCCCAACAAUGUUUACGACAAGGAUGAAGAAAGGCCACUUAAGCAUAGUAAAAGGAAGAAGCAGGACAAAGAAGGAAAGAAAAUAAAGCGGCCUAAAUCCGGCUCUCAAAAACCGGACGAAGCUGAAGUCGCGUCUGAGGGACCUGACUCUAAAAAUCUCUUGAAAGAUCGAGACAUUUCCCAUUCACCGAAUUCUCCAGCAAAUCAGCCUUCUGCGAUUACUGCGACCACGUCCAGUGUCAACUGA